AUCACGUUACUGACUGUCGUGUUUCUUCCUCAGUUCUCCAACUUACUAGGGACCGUCUACUGCCAGGGCAACCUGCUAUUCAGUCCCGAUGGCACCCACCUGUUCUCGCCCGUCGGCAACCGAGUUACCGUCUUCAACCUGGUAGAGAACAAAUCUCACACUCUUCCGUUUGCCCAUCGCAAAAACAUCAGCCGCAUAGGACUUUCUCCCCGCGGCAAUGUCCUCCUCAGCGUCGACGAGGAUGGCCACGCCAUCCUGACGAACGUGCCCCGCCAGAUCCCGAUCUACCACUUCUCUUUCCGAUCCCGCGUCACAGCGCUUGCCUUCUCACCUUCGGGGCGGCACUUUGCCGUGGGGCUGGGCCGGCGGACUGAGGUGUGGCAUGUGCCUUCGACGCCGGACGCCAAUGCCAGCGGCGAGCUAGAAUUUGCGCCGUUUGUCAAGCACCACUCGCAUCAGGGCCACUUUGACGACGUGCGGUACAUUGAGUGGUCGACCGACUCGCGCUUCUUCAUGACGUGCUCCAAAGACCUGACGGUGCGCAUAUGGAGUCUGAACGCCGAGGAGGGGUUCGAGCCGACGGUGCUGUCGGGGCACAAGCAGGCCGUCGUGGGCGCUUGGUUCUCGGCCGACCAGGAGACCAUCUACACGACGAGCAAGGACGGCGCGGUGUUUACGUGGAAGUACGUGCGACCCAAGAACCGCAUCGACGACGUAGACGAGAACAAGACGGGCGACGAAGACGAGUCCGACAUGCGCUGGCGUAUCGUGGAGCGACACUACUUCAUGCAGGGGAGCGCGCAUCUGCGGUGCGCGGCCUUCCACCCCGAGUCGAACCUGCUCGUGGCGGGUUUCUCUAACGGCGUGUUCGACCUGUACGAGAUGCCCGACUUCAACAACAUCCACAAACUGAGCAUAUCGCAAAACGACAUUGACUUUGUCACCAUCAAUAAGAGCGGCGAGUGGCUGGCGUUUGGCGCGUCCAAGCUUGGCCAGCUACUCGUGUGGGAGUGGCAGUCAGAGUCGUACAUCCUCAAGCAGCAGGGCCACUUUGACUCGAUCAACGCGUUGACGUACUCGCCUGACGGCAAGCGCGUCGUCACCACAGCCGACGACGGUAAGAUCAAGGUGUGGGACGUGGAGUCAGGAUUCUGCAUCGUGACCUUUACUGAGCACACGAGCGGCGUCACGGCCUGUCACUUUGCCAAGAAGGGCAACGUGCUCUUCACGGCCAGCCUGGACGGGUCCAUCAGGGCGUGGGACCUGAUACGGUACCGCAACUUCCGCACCUUCACGGCACCCACGCGCCUCUCCUUCUCCAGCCUGUCGGUCGACCCGAGCGGCGAAGUCGUGGCGGCUGGCUCCCUCGACUCAUUCGACAUCCACAUCUGGUCGGUGCAGACGGGCCAGCUACUGGACCAGCUGGCGGGCCACGAGGGCCCUGUCUCGGCGCUGGCGUUCGCGCCCACGGGCGAUGCCUUGGUCAGCGGCAGCUGGGACCGCACGGCGCGCAUCUGGUCCAUCUUCAGCCGGACGCAGACGAGCGAGCCGCUGCAGCUGCAGGCCGAUGUGCUCGACGUGGCGGUGCGCCCCGACUCGAUGCAGCUGGCCGUGUCGACGCUGGACGGCCAGCUGACGUUCUGGUCCAUGACGGAGGGUGAGCAGGUCGCCGGGCUGGACGGGCGCCGCGACGCCUCGGGAGGUCGCAAGUUCUCUGACCGGCGCACCGCGGCCAACAUGUCGGGCACCAAGAGCUUCAACACUAUCCGCUACAGCGCCGACGGCAGCUGCAUUCUGGCCGGCGGCAACAGCAAGUACAUAUGCCUGUACUCGGUGACGACCAUGGUCCUGCUGAAGAAGUUCACCGUGUCGGUCAACCUUUCGCUGUCGGGAACGCAAGAGUUCCUCAACAGCAAGCAGCUCACCGAGGCGGGCCCGACGGGUGAGCUGGACGACCGGGGCGAGGCGUCGGACCGCGAGGAUAGGUGGGAUGCCAGCCUGCCCGGGUCCAAGCGCGGCGGCGACCCGUCGGCGCGCAAGAAGCUCCCCGAGGUGCGUGUCACGGGCAUUGACUUCUCGCCCGCCGGUACGGCCUUUUGCGCCGCCUCGACCGAGGGCCUCCUCAUCUACAGCCUCGAUCACCAGAGCGUGCAGUUCGACCCGCUAGACCUGGACAUGGACAUCACGCCCGCCACCACGCUGCGCGUCCUGGACAAGGAGCGCGACUACCUCAAGGCCCUGGUCAUGGCCUUCCGCCUCAACGAGGCCGGGCUGAUCAAGCGCGUCUUCCAGGCCGUGCCCCCCGGCGACAUCGGACUCGUCGUCGCCGGCGUGCCGUCAGUCUACGUGGCGCGUCUGCUGCGCUUCGUCGCCGCCCAGACCGAGGACUCGCCCCACAUCGAGUUCUGCCUCCUCUGGACAAAGGCCCUCGUCGACAAGCACGGCGCCUACCUGUCUGCCAACCGAGCCCGGACGGACGUCGAGCUGCGCGUCGUGGCACGCGCCGUCGCGCGCAUGAGGGAUGAGAUCCGCAGGCUGGCCGACGAGAACGUCUACAUGGUCGAUUACCUGCUCGGCCAGGCGACCAAGGACAGCAAUCUCAAGGCCAAGACGGUUACGACGGGGGCAACGCACGACGGCAACGAUGUGGUGCCGGAUGUGGCAGACAUCGAAAUGGGUGAGGAAGAAUCUGAUGAUGAGUGGAUCGGACUAGAGUAA